AUGGGUCACUACCCACAGGACCGCUACAUCCGGUAUAAAAAUGUUGACGCCACCAAACGAGAAGUUUUAAAUGUCUUAUCACAGUAUGCAGAUCUCAGGCCACAGAGUAGCCGAUUCGUUUUUAACGAUGGAACAAAGAAACAGCUCUUGAAUUUAGAAGGAACUAUUCCAGUCCCAUACAAAGGUAACAACUACAACAUUCCAGUAUGUAUCUGGAUUCUAGACACACACCCAUACAACCCGCCAAUGGUGUAUGUCCGACCGACGCCUGUUAUGCAGAUAAAGCCAAACCAAUAUGUUGACGCCAAUGGAAAAGUGGAUUUCCCUUACCUCAGUUAUUGGAAGCAUGGUUCAUCAGAUUUAUUCACCAUGAUCCAGAUGCUGACUGUGAAUUUCAGCGAGGAGUGUCCUGUGUUCUCACGUGUGUCCCUGCCACAGUCACCAGUUCCAAACCCCACCCCAGACCAGCCAGGACAUGUGGCAGGACAGCCUCCAUACCCUACACCAGGCAAUUCAGAAGCUAGUGCUAUGGCCCUGCUAGAGAAGAAUAUUGAAUUGGAGAGCGCACGUGAAAAAAGGUUAGCGGCUGAGGCAGAGGAAAGAAAAGCAAGAUUUCAGUUAGAAGCUGAAGAAAGACGUUUCGAAAUGGAAGAGCGCAAGAGACGACUUGACAUUGAAUUAGAAGAAAGGAAAGCAAUGCUACAUCUUCAAAUUGCAAAGAAGUAAAUGCAACCUAAAAACUGUUUGAUGACAAUUGUCAACUUAAAGGGAGACUAAACUCCUAUAUGAGCCUUAUAUGAUGGAAAGAUCCAUACCCAGACAACACAUACUGACACUUUAAGAAAUGAAAAACAUGUAAUUUUAGAGUGCUAACUGGGGGCAGCCAUUUUGUUUCGUUUUCAUUUCGUCCGGUACUAUAGCUUGGGGCGAAGUGACGUCAGCUCCG